CUAGAUAAUACUAAGUAUUAUGUAUUAUAUUAUACAUCACAUUUGCCUUCUUGAGAUAACUUUUUACUACUUGGAAUAUACAACUAUAGUACUAUACCUACUUGUCGGCACUGGUGGUAAGCGGAUAUCAGAGUGAUCGCACUCAAGUGAGUUUUUCCGGUUUUCUAAUUUGUUUCCUCAGAGAGUGGCAUUAUUCAAUGACAAAAAUUAUCACGAUAUAAACACAGAUCGCGCUUUCGCCGAACCUGUUCGGUAUUGUAUAUUUUCUAUUACGUUACGCAGCGGCAAGUACGAUUGUGUAGUGUGCUUUGCGACCAGUCCGAGUGAUGACUAGGCCGAUGUAUCAAGACGCCAAUGACGCCGUCGCUGUUUUACGGAGUACUAUGGUGCUGCUACUUUUGCUGUUGAUGUUGUCCUUGUCGUCGUUUCCAUCGGUCACUGCAAAGUGCCCGGAAAAAUGCACGUGUGAUGAAGCUUAUGUCAACUGCUAUUUCAAGGAACUGGAUCGGAUUCCCGACCGCAUACCUCCGGAUACCGAAUUGCUAAUAUUGAACAACAAUAAAAUAACUAAUUUGAAAAAUGGUGCAUUUGCAAAACUUUCGAAGCUUAAGACAUUAUUUUUGGAAGAAAAUAAAAUCAAAAACAUCGAGACUAGAGUUUUUAAUAACGUAACGAGUUUGGAAUUCUUAUUCUUGUAUAACAACACAAUUCAUAAGCUCAAUUUGGAAAUGUUUAAGGGACUUAAAAAACUGGUGAAACUAGAUUUAAGCCACAAUAUAAUAAGAAAUAUUCCACCUGGGACAUUCGAUUCAUUAACGUCGUUGAGUGUUUUAACGUUGAACUACAAUAAAAUAAGUAAUUUGAAAAAUGGUGCAUUUGCAAACCUUUCAAAGCUUCAGACAUUAUUCUUGAAUGAAAAUAAAGUCGAAAACAUCAGGACUGGUGUUUUUAAUAACUUAACGAGUUUGGAGACCUUAACCUUGGAUCACAACAAAAUCCAUAAACUUGAUUUGGAAAUGUUUAAGGGACUCAUAAAACUGGAUUCACUAGAUUUAAGCCACAAUAUAAUAAGAAAUAUUCCACCUGGGACAUUCGAUUCAUUAACGUCGUUGAGUGUUUUAAUGUUGAACUACAAUAAAAUAAGUAAUUUGAAAAAUGGUGCAUUUGCAAACCUUUCAAAGCUUCAGACAUUAUUCUUGCAUGAAAAUAAAAUCGAAAACAUCAGGAUUGGAGUUUUCAAUAACUUAACGAGUUUGGAGAUCUUAACCUUGGAUCACAACAAAAUCCAUAAGCUCGAUUUGGAAAUGUUGAAGGGACUAACAAGACUGCGUUUAUUGGAUUUACGUCUCAAUAAGAUAAGAAACAUUCCACCUGGGAUAUUCGAUUCAUUAACGUCGUUGAAUAUUUUAAAGCUUGUCCAUAACCCGUUGACGUGCGAUUGCAAUAAUCUGUUGUUUGUAAACGUGCUGAAGAAAAAUUACCCCCAGCUAGAUGUAUUCGGGGAUUACGGAUCGUUGUGCCAUUUUGAAGUAGAAAUGAGCGAAAAAUCGUUGAUAGAAUUAACCGAAAACAAUUUUAAUUGCACGUCUCCGGAUAUCAUCGUGGUACCAGAGAACAAGACGGUGUGGGUCGGUGAAGAGUUGCAACUCUCGUGCAAAGCCGUAGGAGACCCGGAACCUUUGAUAACGUGGGCCAAAGAUGACAUUUAUCUAGAACUUGGCCAAAGAGUUCAGGUAUUUCAAAAUAAUACAUUGAUUAUAUCUAAAGUGGAAAGAACGGACGGCGGUCAAUAUAAGUGCAUGGCGUCCAAUUAUCUUGGACGAAAAUCUUUCGUUGCGAUGGUUAACGUAAACGGUUCGGCGGAAAAUGGUUAUAAUACCAUGUUUGGAGUAAUACUAUUUUUUAUUUUUAUUAUUAUUAUACCUGUGAUUUGUGUAUUUUAUACAAUCUUUUAUCGUUAUGUUAGUGCCUUGAUUAUUGUGUAAAAUGCAAUAUUGUAAAAUAUAAAAUGAAGUAACCAGAACUUGCAGAACUACAAUAUAUAGUAUAUAGUUUUUUAUUUUACUGUACAAUCGACUGUUUUUUAAUUUAUACGAUAAUUUUAUAGACACUUUACAACCAUCACUCCUUCCUAAACAGGCAAAACUGCGACUGUUACUUCAUUAAAUUACCUUAAAUCUAUUAUAAUUUAUCAAAUGUAAGUUAUUAAAUUGUAAUUAUUACUAGUUUAAGUGUAUUAGUGUGUACUGUGUUUAUUACUGUUAUUUUGUUUCGAUAAUUUAUAUACCUACUUGUUGAAAAAUUAAUAAAAAUACCUAAAUAAU